AUGACUCAGAAAAAGAGCAAGAAGCAAACGAAACAGAAGCCAGCCAAAAAGGCAGCUGCAUCAUCUCAAAGUCCAACCCAAGAUGCUGUUGAAUCAUCCGUGGAACUAGAUCCAGUCAAUCCCGACGAUAAAGAACCAAAAGAGAAAUCAUGUCAUCACGUAAAAGGAGGCGUGAGAUGGAUGAGAACGCAAAAGAACUUGGCAACCCGCUUGGAAAGGCCUGCUUGUAAACCGUGUCGUGAUGCUCCUAAAUCCAAGGAUGCGGAUGAUUCUACUGCUGCAAAGGCCUUACCUGAUAUGCUGUGCCUGUUUUGCGGUGACAUCCUAUGCAAAGAGCACGCAAACGCCCAUCACAAUGUGCAGGAUCAUAAAGUCUAUUAUAACUUGACAGAUAUGAAGGGGUAUUGUUAUCCAUGUGGCAAGUCGUUGGACGCAAAUUCCAAGCAUCAGAUCUUGAUGGACGUUGAUGCGUUCAUCAAGAAGCAAAAGGAUGGACCGGGUGUUGAUAGUGUUGUUGAGAAGAUGGGGCCUGCUGAACGGAGAUUCCCGAAUCAGCGUAGAGGUGAGAACAUGCCCUCGUGUGGGUAUAUCAACUUAGGAAAUACGUGCUUUUUCAAUUCUGUUAUGCAGUGUCUCACUUGGACGACUCCACUAUUUACUGAACUACAAAAGACGCUACUUCCGUCAACCACUACCGCAGCUACCGAAUCGCAUAUACCGCCUCGCCCUGGUCCGUUAACCUCAGACCUCAAUAACGUCAUUUCAAGUGCUCGCAAAGAAACACUGUCUUCGUCACCGCUGUCUGUCAGCCCAGAACCCGUCUUCAGACAUAUGAUCCAGCGAUUCAAGAUGUAUAAGAGCUUCCGUCAGCAGGAUUCUCAUGAAUUGCUUAGACGACUUGUUGAUGCUGUUACAGAAGAGCAGUUUAAGGGGGUCGUGAGAAAGUCAGGUGCUGAGAGUCAAAAGUCGUUUGUGGAGGGGAUAUUUCAGGGUCGGUGGGCCUCUGCGAUAGUGUGUGAUACGUGCAAGAAUUGUUCUCUCUCGUAUGAAGAGUACAUGGACAUUUCACUGCCUAUAAUCAACAAUGACAUUCUUGAGGAACGUCGUGGCAAAUCGAACAAGAAGCCGCCAACACCACAAAAACUGAAGGGCAAAGGCAAGAAGGUCUCGGAGGCAAUAGAUACCACUGUAGGCACAGAAUCAGCCAAAGAUGACGCAGGUGAUGGCACUGGAGUCAUCUCAUUAUCCUCGUCGCAAGAAUUGUCUUCUGAAAAGGCAGCCGACGAAAUUUCAAUGGAAGCCGUAGACGAGUUAUCCGUAUUAGCAGCCAAAUCCCCAUAUAAUACUCCGAAACAGCUUGCCAUGAUUGAGCACGUCAUGCGUCCACUAUCAGUUGCCAAGGAAGGCAAUAAUAGCAAGCCAACUUUAAUGAAGGGUCUGUUGGGAUUUAUGGCUGUGGAUGUCAUGGAUGGAGACAAUAAACUCAACUGUGAACAUUGUUUCAAGUUGAAGUAUCCCGAUUAUGACAAGACGAAAGAUGAGGAUAACGCGGGCAGCAUUCCAGUGGUACCAACUACGCCAUCAGACAUAGCCACGGACGAUGCAGAACGAACUGAUUCGUGGGUUCCUGUAGCAGCACAUGGCGAUACGGUUACUGAUGAUACCAUGUCUGAGAGUCGAGGAACAUCCACUCGAGGAAUAUCAACACCUGCUACUCCAUCGGCAAGACCGAUAUCAGAUUCCAUGUCCCCACACCAACUAGAUCGUCCAUCGCCAUCAGCUGAAGAAGACGUCGAAAUAGUAGAGAUUCCUGAAGAUGAUGAUGCCAUGCCUGUAGACUCACUAGUAGGAUCGAUAUUCACAACCAAGGACGAUGACGACGAUAACGAAGUAGAAGUCGCCAAAGCCGUAACUCCAAAGAAAAAGGGUAAAGAAUCUACUACUGUGACGAGAAAGGGACCACCACCAGUAUUCACAACAGGAAGAAAACGAUACUUGUUGGCAUCACCACAACCUGAAGUACUUGUAUUACAUUUAAAACGCUUCCACACAUUAUCUAUGGGUCGUAUAAGAAAAGUAGAGGACUUUGUCGAGUUUGAUGAAUUGAUUGAUCUGGAGCCUUUUGUGGUUCCCGAUGACCUCACUAGUGAUAGUAGCAGUAAUGGUGCAAGUGAUAAAUCACCACCAGCAUCAUGGAAAUAUCGAGUAAAUGGAAUAGUAGUGCAUUCUGGAGGAGGAUACACGUCAGGACAUUACACUGCUUAUGUCCGAUUACCUGCAGAUUUAGACAAGAAUGACGAGUCGGGACAGCCGCUUGGUGGGAACUGGGUGUAUACGUCUGAUACACAUACUAGACGAGCAUCUUGGCAGGAAGUGUCUCAGUGUGAGGCGUAUGUGCUGUUUUAUGAGAAGGUUUGA